CCCUGCGCAGAUCAGCGGCCCCGGGUUGCCCCGCUGACCGCGGCCUCCAGGGCGCCGCCCAGGCUCGAGGGCGCAGGGCGGGCCUCGCGGGGUGACCGGCUGCCACGACGCGGCUGCCACGUCAGGGCAACUUCACAAACCCGGACGAGGGCGGUGACGCCAGCCGGGGGCCGCCGCGGGGUUGGGUCUGCGGCCGAGAGACGCUGACCUGCAGCCCGGGCGCCCGGUUCGGCAACGCCCCGCCGGCGCCGGCGCCCGCCCGGCCCUCAGGGAGGCGGGCAGCCCCGAGGAGGUGGCGCCGCGCCCGCACCCCGCCGCCCGCCGCCCGCCGCCCGCCGCCCGCCGCCCCGGAGAAGGCCCAGUCGGCCUGAGCCGCAGCCCGGAGCCCCAGCCAGCCCAGGGCCCCGCCAUGGAGACCCGCUACAACCUGAAGAGCCCGGCUGUUAAACGUUUAAUGAAAGAAGCAGCAGAAUUGAAAGAUCCAACAGAUCAUUACCAUGCGCAGCCUUUAGAGGAUAAUCUUUUUGAAUGGCACUUCACAGUAAGAGGGCCCCCAGAUUCUGAUUUUGAUGGAGGAGUUUAUCAUGGACGAAUAGUACUGCCACCAGAGUAUCCGAUGAAACCACCAAGCAUUAUUCUCCUAACAGCUAAUGGACGAUUUGAAGUCGGCAAGAAAAUCUGUUUGAGCAUCUCAGGACAUCAUCCUGAAACUUGGCAGCCUUCCUGGAGUAUAAGGACAGCGUUACUAGCCAUCAUUGGGUUUAUGCCAACAAAAGGAGAGGGAGCCAUAGGUUCUCUUGAUUACACACCUGAAGAAAGAAGAGCACUUGCCAAAAAAUCACAAGAUUUCUGUUGUGAAGGCUGUGGCUCUGCCAUGAAGGAUGUCCUGUUGCCUUUAAAAUCAGGAAGCGACUCAAGCCAGGCUGACCAAGAAGCCAAGGAACUUGCAAGACAAAUCAGUUUUAAGGCAGAAGUCAAUUCAUCUGGAAAGAGUAUUGCUGAGUCAGAGUUAAACCACUCUUUUUCACUAAAUGACUUACAAGAUAACAUACCUACAACAUUCCAGGAUACCACGGCCAGCACCUCGUAUGGAGUCCAGAAUCCCUCAGCAGCACCCUUUGAACAACCUACCCAACCUGCAGCUAAGAAUACCUCCAUGAGCCCUCGACAGCGCCGGGCCCAACAGCAGAGUCAAAGAAGGUCAUCCCUGUCACCAGAUGUAAUACAGGGCCAGCAGCCAAGGGACAACCAUACGGAUCAUGGUGGAUCAGCUGUACUGAUUGUCAUCCUGACUUUGGCAUUGGCAGCUCUUAUAUUCCGACGAAUAUAUAUGGCCAAUGAAUACAUAUUUGACUUUGAGUUAUAAUAUUAUUGUUUUGUGAAUUAAGAGCUGUGACUCAGCUGCUUCAUUAAACAUUCUGCAUUGGGUAUAAUCUAAGAAUUGUUUACAGAGACAUUAUUUUGUAUCUACCCUUCAUUCCUCUUUUGAUCUUUAUAAAUUCAAUAUAAAUUUAGCUAGAUGUUCAGACCAUGCCAACCACUGUGUCCUGCUUGGUUUAAAAGACAGGAAUUCAGCUUAUCUCACUAUCCGAUAUGCUUUACAAGGAAAUAACUUCCUGUUAUUUCUCAUGCCUCAGUUUUUUUUCUUUAAAUUUGCAAGGUGUUUCUGUAUAGUUCUUUGAAAUUUUCAGAUAAAAGAUGGUAUUUUAAGUUUUUAUGAGUAUUAUUAGUUGCUCAUUUAUUGAGUACUCCUAGUUUGGUACAGUGAAUAUAGGGAGAGAAGAAUUGAAAAGGGAAAAAGCAAAACUCAAGUAGCUUCUUUUAAAGUGUCAUCCAUAGAAGAUACAUUGGAACUGCCCAUUCUGUGACUUUGUGUUCUAAAUAACUUUAUUUUGGUUAAAUAUUUCUGAGGAAAUGAGAUCACAUUUUUAUUAUUGGACAUUACUUGAAGAGGAAGUUCUUUGUAACCACUUUGAUUUGCUAUUAUCAUCCCUCUCUCCAGCAUGUACACAGAUUAAAGAGAAAAAAAAAAGAGAUGUCAUUCAUAGAUCUUUGUCUCAAGGAAGAAAGAAUCCAAGUCAGAAAAUUGCUAGAUUUUCUUCUAGAAGUUAAAAGGGAGGAUCUUAGGAUUUGAAUGCUUGCUGUGCUUUAAAGUGUGUCUUUUGAGAUGUAUUAUAUGCCUAGCUUUGUAAUCACAAUAAAUUUUAAUUAUUCCAGGAAUAUACAUAA